AUGAGUGACGAUGAAUUGAUUCUAAAUUUUGCUCUGGCCCCUGUAUCAGAUGCUACCCCUGCACAGCAACCGGCAACCUUUAAGGGUGGUCGUUGGAAGGAUCGCCGAAACGCAAAGUUUAAGCUACAAGGUAGAGAGUGGAAAAAGGCCUCUGGGGUUAACACGAUUGACGUUUCAAACAACAAGUUUGAACGAUUACAGAAAGAUUACGAGAAAGAGAAUGAGAAGAGUAAUGACGGCAAAGCUGAAAGAUCGAUAGAGAACACCAAUACCAAAAGAAGAGAGCUUAGUAAAACCUCUGAGAACCGCGAUAAUAAACGACAAGCUCCAGAACCCUUAGGGUUGCUGGCGAAGAAAGUCAAGUUCAGCGAAAAAUCGGGUGAAUUUGGAGGAAAGAACAAUUCAUAUGUGUCUUCUUUGUUUACAUCUAACAAGCAGAGUGAGAAGCUACAAGAGAGCGAGUCUAGCGAAACUACUUAUCUACCAUCAAACGCCCCAUUGAGCGAUGCAUCUACUUUUCCCGGUAUGGGUUUAAGCGAGAAGCUCUGUGGGCAUCUCAAAAACAAUAUGCGCUUCAUUGCUCCGACAAAAGUUCAACGAGCCGUUGCCCCGCAAAUGAUAAAUACUAAUAAUGACUUAUUCGUCAAGGCCCAAACAGGUUCUGGUAAGACCUUGGCAUUCCUUCUUCCCAUGAUCCAUAGGAUGAUGUCAGAAAAGACACAAAUCAAUAGACAAACCGGUCUUUUUGGUAUCAUCCUAACGCCUACCAGAGAGUUAGCAUCCCAAAUAUACUCGGUACUCGAGACUGUCCUCCGGUGCCACCAUCAUAUUGUUCCUGGUAUAGUGGUGGGUGGUGAGAAGAAAAAAUCAGAGAAGGCUAGAAUUAGAAAGGGUGUGAAUAUCUUAGUGGCUACUCCCGGUCGUCUUGCUGACCAUUUGGAGAAUACGGAGUCGCUUGAUGUCUCGGAAAACAGAUGGCUCAUUCUAGAUGAAGGUGAUAGAUUAGUGGAAUUGGGAUUCCAGGAGACCAUUACGAAAAUUACUGAUCAUCUUCAACGUCAUUCAAACAUAGCGCGUUCACGGAACCAAUGGCCUAUACUCCCAAAUCGAAUUGUGAACGUACUCUGUUCUGCAACCAUGCCAGAGGAUGUAAAACAGUUGGGCAACACUGUUUUGAGUGAGCCGCAGUGGAUAUCUGUGGACAAAGAUGACGAAAAGUAUCAUGGCGAUGCAACAGCCCCAGACCAGCUCGUGCAAAAGGUCAUGGUCGUCCCACCUAAGUUAAGAUUGGUAACCCUUGCUGCAAUACUCAAAAGAAUAAGUCAAAACUACAGGACUCUGACAAGCAGAUCAAUGGUAUUCUUCUCUUGUUCAGACUCUGUGAAUUUUCAUUAUGAAGUGUUCACUAGAGGAGGUAAGCCUUGCCAUCGAAAAGUUCAGUCGGAGGAAGAGGAUUCGGAAGACACCGAGCAGUGCAUUCUGACAGCCCCUCAGAUUGACGACGAUACGAUUGUUUUCCGUUUACAUGGGUCCUUAUCUCAACAAUUGCGUACCUCUACACUUCAGAAAUUUGCCAAUGAAGGCAAUACCAAUGAGGGUAAACAUCUUGUUUUGUUCUGUACUGAUGUUGCAUCCAGAGGGUUGGAUUUGCCCAAUAUUGCAAAUGUGGUAGAGUACGACCCGCCUUUCACCAUUGACGAUCACUUGCACAGAAUCGGUCGUUCCGCUAGAGUAGGAAAUAAGGGUGAGGCAUGUCUUUUCUUGCUUCCCGGCGAGGAAGAAGGAUAUGUCGAAGGUAAACUCAGGGUCGUGCAUCCCAAGGAAGGAAGCUUAGGUGUUGUCAGUUACGAGACGGUCCUCAAAGACAGCUUCAGUGAGAAGAAUAUCGAGACGCCUGCAGUGAAAGGAAAAGCUUCCAAAGACCCCAAAGCAAAAGAAGGCAAGUGGGAUAUGCAUGCUACCACCUGGCACCUUGAAGUAGAAAGAUGGUUAUUGGAAGAUUCGAAGGCCCUCGAAAGAGCGCUGCAUGCAUUCACAUCACACAUUAGAGCCUACGCAACUCACUUGUCUUCCGAAAGGAAUUACUUUAAUGUGAAGUUGUUGCACCUAGGCCACUUGGCCAAGAGUUUCGGAUUGAGGGAGACUCCUAAGAAACUAGGCAGGACCAUGGGAGCAUCAGGGUCUGAAUCGAGCAAGAAAAAGGAAGAUCCAAGAAGAAAGAUGCUCAGGAUGGCCAAGUUGGCCGAAAAGGCGCAAACGGCCGAGUUUAAUUACUAA